CUCAUCUUCUUGUCAGUCAACCUCUCUCCCUCUCUCUCUCUCGUCUUCCUCCCCCCCCUAUACAACAUACUUGCAUGCAUCCAAGUCCGGACAGACCACUUUUUCAUACUCAUUAACCCUACUUGAUAAAUGAAGGAGUGAAGGAUAUAAAGGCGCAGAGAGAGAGAGAUGCGUAGAGGAAACACAGGAAAGGACUCGGCAAUAGAUGGAGAAUAAAGAGCCUGGCAGGGAUAGGCAGAAACAAAGACCGAGAAGGACAGCCGGAGAGAGGGAGGCGGGAUCCAUCAUUUCAGACUGAUAUGAUGUUGAUUUUACGUUGUUGUGUGUGUGUGUGUCUUGUGGCUUUGACCAUUUAUCAUCAGUAUCGAGGAGCCUCGCGCGAGGCAGUGAUAUCCGAGCCGUGCUUUUUGUUUGUUUGUUUGUUUGUUUAAAAUCCACUGGCCACAACCGAUUUGUUUGUCCAGUCUGUGUUUGUGAUGGUGUGACCAGAGUCACUACCCCAAACUGUGUUGAGAAGAAGAGGGCUGGAGGCAGGCCACACUAGCCCCGCCUCCCCUCAUCCCUCACGUAUAAAGAAGGAAGAGAACGUAGCCCGUUCUCACUCAACGCACUCGCACCGGAGAAUGAGAUCCUUAAAGCACCUGAAACCUCACAGCAGGAGGAGCGUGGAGGAGGCGAGCCGGCGCCUGGGUAGAUGUGAGCCCAAGGUAAUGGCCAGGCUGGUGGACAUAGGCACACAGACAGAUCCAGUAGUCGUGCUGUCCCUGGCCCAGGCUGCCGUGCUAGGUCUCAUCUCCCAGAAUGAAGUGUUCGGCGCUACCAUCGCACCCAACGGCUUCUACACCGGCGAACCCAAAGAGUCCCCCGCACCCCAAGUAGACGGAGUUGACUACGAGUACGCAGACCAGCUCAUCGGAGCCAACGGAGAUUACCUCGGAGACAACUUGGGCGAAGACGGACAGAUGCAACCCAGCUGCAGUCAGAGGAGGUGGCAGCAGGGGCCCCCUCAACAUCCGGACACAAAAAUGGUCGGCCCCGAUCGUCACGGCCUUCAAGGCGGUGACGUGUCCUCUUCCCACGUGAAAGGGGAAGUGGUGAACUCUGGAAUGCCCUCCUGUGUCCACAUGCUUAACAAUUUGGCUCCCAGAGGUGGUUUAGUGCAAGUGGAUCCAGCCACUCUCAGGAGCGCCAACAAGAACUGUGCAGAGUGUGAGCGGGAAGCCACCAGCCAGCCGCAAGCCAACGCGCACGUUCACCCUCCGCCCCCACAGGUCGGUCACCGAGGCGGGGAGCAGGGCCACCGAGGACUGCAAGGCCAGCGCCCCAUGGGGGGCCACGGCCGAGGUGGCAGGGAGGAGGACGAGGAGGUAGACCACCAGGGGAACAACAUGAUGAAGCCCACGCAGCAGGAGGAAGCCAUCAGCAGCUACUUCCAGACCAGCGAAGUGGGCAGCUACGACUCGGCGGAAAUGGGCAUGGCGGGCGAGUACGAAGACAGCAGCCAGAAUAUGAUGUGGACGGACGGGAACGCCGGGGCGCAGCACCAGCAGCCUCCGCACCCCCAGCCUCCCCGCCGGCACGGCGGCCGCAGGGUGGACCGGCUUGACAUCAACAUCCAGAUUGACGAAUCGUACUGCGUGGACGUGGGCGACGGCCUGAAGCGCUGGAAGUGCCGCAUGUGCGACAAGUCGUACACCUCCAAGUACAACCUGGUCACGCACAUCCUGGGCCACAACGGCAUCAAGCCGCACGCCUGUCCCCACUGCGGGAAGCUCUUCAAGCAGCCCAGUCACCUUCAAACCCACCUGCUGACCCACCAAGGCACGCGACCCCACAAGUGCACCGUCUGCAAGAAGGGCUUCACCCAGACCAGCCACCUGAAGCGGCACAUGCUCCAGCACACCGACGUGAAGCCCUACAGCUGCCGCUUCUGCCGCCGCGGCUUCGCCUACCCCAGCGAGCUGCGAGCCCACGAGGUGAAGCACGAGCGCGGCCGCUGCCACGUGUGCUCCCAGUGCGGCAUGGAGUUCCCCACCUACGCGCACCUCAAACGCCACCAGACCAGCCACCAGGGCCCGCACACCUUCCAGUGCACCGAGUGCAACAAGUCGUUCGCCUACCGCAGCCAGCUCCAGAACCACCUGCUGAAGCACCAGAGCCCGAGGCCCUACACCUGCUCCCAGUGCGGCCUGGAGUUUGUGCAGCUCCACCACCUGCGUCAGCACUCGCUCACUCACAAGGGGAUGAAAGGACACAAGUGUGACGUGUGUUCGCGGGAGUUUACCCUGUCCGCCAACCUGAAGAGGCACAUGCUCAUCCACAACAGCGUCAGACCCUUCCAGUGCCACGUCUGCUUUAAGAGCUUCAUCCAGAAACAGACCCUCAAGACCCACAUGAUCGUCCACCUGCCCGUGAAGCCAUUCAAGUGCAAGGUGUGCGGCAAGUCUUUCAACAGAAUGUACAACCUGCUGGGCCACAUGCAUCUCCACGCCGGCAGCAAGCCCUUCAAGUGUCCGUACUGCACCAGCAAGUUCAACCUGAAGGGGAACCUCAGCAGGCACAUGAAGGUCAAGCACGGAAUGGACGUCUCACCGGAAGGACAAGAAGUUCUUCCAGAAAUGGACGGCCAGGGGGAGUAUGAAGGACAGAACUUCGGCUUUACCUCACAAGACAAUAUGGACAAUGGCGGCUCCCAGAACCUCACUAAACUCACGACGGCAAACAUAGAGGACAUGGAGGAGUAUUACAAUUUCGGGAAGGAUACAAGCAGCUACACGACACCGUGAGCGCUGAUCAACCGGAGGACACGCUUUGGGUUUUUCUUUUUUUUUUUUUGAAGGCAGAAGGAAAUUACGCAGUUGUUAUCAAAGCUUUGGGGGACACCGGGAACGAGGAUUUCAUUUGGGUACGGCCUCCUUUCCAGAAGAGGCCGAACUGAAGGGCCUCUGACAGGAGGUCAGCAAGGAGACGCACUUCACAGGAGACGAUGCGACUGUGACGGCAGAGGACGCUGGUCCGCAGCUCCUGGUUUCUGGGGAUCACUACGCUGAGCGACUCAAAGACUCAUGCUGGCGGACAGUGGAAGUUGUCUGUUGUGUGUACGUAUCACUUAUUUGAGGAAAAAAAACAAAAGAAAAGAAAAAAAGUUUCAGAGCCAUCAGUUACAUUCGACCAUUUUGCCAGUUUUGUCAUUCACAGCCAACGUAUGACCUUUUAUAUUUUUGUCUGAAAGUGCCAGCUGGAAACAUCCGCAACUAAGCUUCCUCGACGCAGGCUCUUUGCUCACUGAAUAUAGAACUUUUUGAUACAUAGUCACAACAUAUUCAUAGGUUUGAAUGCUCUUACUAAAAGGUUCCUUAUUGUAGUCACCCAUUCCUUCCCAGCCCUCAGUGUUGAACAGGUGGCCCCUUUUCCAUGCGUGCAUGCUUUCUGCACAGGACACUGUAGCUUUCGUCUUACCACCCAAAGCGGCUCCUGCGCCGCGUCAGCUGAUGCCCGAGUACGAUGUGAGCACACGUCGCUGUGCAGGCGAUUGGGUUCUGUAACAGACAGCGCCCUUUUUUGACUCACAUGGUUUAGCUUAACAUGGAUAAUCUCUCCCGUGUGGCGAAUGCACGGCUUCAAACUACCGAGUGAACAACCUCAAGCCCUUUUUCAUCAAGACCGGCAAAAACAGUGAACUCAUUUUACUUAAGGAGAAAAGCGGUGGGAAAUAAGACAAUACGAUUCUCCAAACCCCCUUAACGGCAAUAUUAUUAAACACAAACAGAUGUGCUUUCUUAGUAGUUUUUUUUUUGUUGUAAACUGCAGUUUCCUCAAUGCGGAUAUUUCACGGUGUCAUUGAAUUGAAUUGAAGAAUGAGCAGAUUAUGAGGAGAAUCAGCAGUAUGCGUUUUCUCUUGUUUGUAGUUUCAGCACUCUUCAAUUCGGGCCGGUUUUCACUUCACUUUCAAUUCACUUCAGAAACGUAUUUCCCCACUCAAACAAAACACAGCGGGUGUCAAAUCCCGUCGGUAGAUUGGAGAUAAGAAAAAGCUUCUUGGGAGCUCCGGAUUGCAUUUUGUGUGGCUUGAAUUGAAAGUGGACUGACACUAGUUCUGUUACUCAUCAUGUUGUUUUGGGGAAGACGCUCAGCUCCCCCUGUCCUGCCAUGCAGGUCAGCCCUGAUAUGCACACUAAACCGGAGGGACACUCUACUAGUUCUUCUUUUCAGAUGAGGAAUAUCAAACUGAGACCUCAUGGAAGUUUACCAUGAAUUAUUUAAUAAAGGUUCUCUAGUUUAAUGAUG